AUGUGGAUGACAGUGACAGGACAGGCAUAUGAUAAUCUAGUGUCUGAAAUCAUGUCUAUGGGAUAUGAAAGGGAGCAGGUUAUUGCAGCGCUGCGAGCCAGUUACAACAACCCAGACAGAGCUGUGGAGUACCUGCUAAUGGGGAUUCCGGCCGAGGCUGACCUUCUGCCACCGGAGGCGUCUUUGAACUCUCUGUCCAUUAAUUCUUGUUUUGCAGCAGUGUCUUCAACCCAGCAGCCCCCCUCAUCUGGUGGGCUGACUGGUGGGCUUACUGGUGGAGGUACUGGGGGUGAGAACCCCCUGGAGUUUUUGAGGAACCAGCCACAGUUCCAGCAGAUGAGACAGGUCAUCCAGCAGAACCCAGCUCUCCUUCCUGCCCUGCUCCAGCAGCUAGGCAGAGACAACCCCCAGCUGCUGCAGCAAAUUACCCAGCACCAGGAGCGGUUUGUGCAGAUGCUGAACGAGCCCCAAGGAGGAGAGAUGGUAGAGGAUGGAGUUGAGGCUCAGGGGGCGCCACAGACUAACUACGUCCAGGUCACCCCACAAGAGAAGGAGGCCAUCGAGAGGUUAAAAGCCUUGGGAUUUCCAGAGGGACUUGUCAUUCAAGCAUAUUUCGCAUGUGAGAAGAACGAGAAUUUAGCUGCUAAUUUCCUGCUCCAACAAACAUUUGAUGACGAGUGAAUGUGCAUGCGUCAGCAUGAAGGGGAAGAAUGGAGGGCUAGAGAACGAGUGAUAGUGCUACAAAAUGUGCUUUGGAAGGAAGGAGUGGAAAAGGUUACCAAAAGUGACUUGUCAUUGGACAAAGACGUGAUGUUUAGUUACUGUAAGCUAUGCCUUCUCCAUUCUCUCUGAGUAUGUUAGCUCUCAGUGGGCUCUCUUGCUCACUGAUGCUCUUACUGCUGCUACUACUGCUGCUAUCACUGCGA